AUUAGUACACCAACUGCAAAUCAAAUUAAAUUACUGCUGGAUACAACCACAGAAUGUUUGAGUAGCUUGCAAAAUUUAGACAUACCUACCGACUCUUGGGAUCCUUUAAUUAUAUUUCUGAUCGUACAGAAAUUGGACUCAGAGUCGCAUAAAGCUUGGGAGGAAUAUGCAUAUAAGCACAAUUCAAACGACUUACCGUGCUGGAAAGACCUGAAAUCAUUUUUGGAGUCGAAAUUUCGAACCUUAGAACUAACCACACCAUUCACAAGUUCAACAAUAAUGACAAGAGAAAAGACAAAAUCAUAUCAUGCUUCUUCAGCACCAGUAAAAAUAUGCAAAAUGUGUAAUGGAACUCACACAUUAACUAAUUGUGAAGAAUUCAAAACGCUUCAACCUAAUGAAAGAAGUGAGUUCGUAAAGAAAAACAACUUAUGCUUCAAUUGUUUGGUCCCGGGACAUUCUUCAUGGAAUUGCCGUUUGCAAAUGUUCUGUCGUGUGUGCAAGCGUCGUCAUCACUCAUUGUUACAUCUACCAAGAAGUCCCGUGCAACCGGAUAAUACAGAAAUCCAUCAUAGUCACAUCGAAGGAAUAGAAGAAGACCCUGAAAUAGGUAACGAAACAAAUGUAGCAAUAUCAUCACAUUUUACAACGCGACGAUCAACAGCCUUGCUGGCAACAGCAUUGGUACAAGUAAAAGAUAUUACUGGUCAAGAAACAAUAUUGCGCGCUUUAAUAGAUCAAGGGUCGCAGGCAAAUUUUAUAAGCGAACGAGCAGCACAACAGCUUAAGUUAAAGAGAAAGUCAGCAAGAGGAACAGUCAGUGGAGUGGGAGAUACAAGUACCACUAUCAGUCAAAUGAUGGAAGUUGAAUUGUGUUCAAGAUAUGACGUCAAAUUCAAGCUCACAUUAAACUUUUUUAUCAUGUCAAAACGACUGACGUCUAAUUUGCCAACAAAACAUAUUGAUUCACAAGUCUACUCACACAUACAAAACCUCAACUUGGCUGACCCAAACUUCAAUCACCCAGGGCGAAUAGACAUGUUGUUAGGUGUAGAAACAUAUGCACAAAUAGUAAUGCAGGAUAUUAUCAAGGGUCCACCAGGAUCUCCAUGUGCCCAAAAUACUAAACUCGGAUGGAUUCUCUUCGGUGAAGUAAAUGAAUUUUCUACAUCGGAAGAAGUUAUAACGAUGCACCAUCAUAUUGAUUUCGACGAUAUGCUAAAGGUUCUAUGGGAGAUUGAUCCUGAUUCUAAGAAUAAGUUAACGCAAGAGGAAGAAACCUGUGAAAGAAUGUACAAAGAAACCUACUCUAGAAGUAAUGAAGGAAGAUAUAUUGUGGUUUUACCAUUUAAAGAUGAAACACCAAAAUCAUGUAACGGAAAUACUAGAGAUGUAGCUACGCGAAGAUUAUUUCAUUUAGAAAAACGCUUCGAGAGAGAACCGUAUUUAAAAACAGAAUAUAUGAAGGUAAUGCAAGAAUAUAUUGAUUUAAAGCACAUGGAACAGGUACCAGUGGAAGAAAUAGAAAAUAGAUCGACAUAUUUACCGCAUCAUGCUGUGAUAAAGAAUACGAGUGAGACCACAAAGACCAGAGUCGUUUUUGACGCCUCAUGUAGAGGCACCAAUAAUAUUUCUCUCAACGAUGAAUUACUGGUAGGACCUCAGUUACAAGAAGAUAUUCGGUACUUAAUAAUGAGAUGGCGAUUAAAAAAGGUGUGUUACGUGGCUGAUAUUGAAAAAAUGUAUCGCCAAAUAUUAGUUUCAAAAAAGAACGUCGACUACCAACGACUUUUAUGGCGCAAGAGUACCGCGGAUCCCAUACAAGAUUAUCGUUUACUCCGUGUGACAUUCGGUACUGCCUCAGCACCUUACCUUGCCGUUAAAACACUACAUCAGUUGGCCGAAGACGAAGGUGCAUGCUAUCCACUCGCGGCUGAAACAAUAAAACAAGAUUUCUACAUGGAUGACUUAAUGUCUGGACAGGAUACUGUAACAGAAGCCGUGGAAGUGGCAAAGAACAUUACUAGCAUUCUUAGGAAGGGAGGUUUUAACUUACAAAAAUGGUCUUCCAAUAGUGCCGAGUUUCUGCAACAAUUUCAGUCAUCAGAGAGAAGUACACAUAUAAAACUAGAUAUGAAGGUACAUGGAACAAUAAGAGCAUUAGGACUUACCUGGAACAUGGGUGAAGAUAAACUAGAGUAUCACCAUAAUUUUCCAUCGCCGCCUCCUUCAGCAUCUGUAAAAAUAACCAAAAGAAAUAUAUUAGGAGAAAUACAGCGGCUGUUUGAUCCUCUCGGUUGGCUGGCUCCGGCGAUGAUACCUGCAAAAAUUAUUAUUCAGAGAUUGUGGAUGGAAGGGGUCUCCUGGGAUGAUGAAGUGAACCCUGAAAUACAAAAGGAUUGGGUAAAUAUAAAACAAAGCUUUGUACAUCUUAAGGAUAUUGAAAUAGACCGUUGGGUACACACUACAAAGACAAAUAUGAACAGUGUAACUAUACAUGGAUACUGUGAUGCUUCUACAAAAGCAUAUGGAGCAGUAGCUUAUCUAAGAGUUCUAAACGAAGACGGAAAUAUUAAAAUAACUAUCAUUGCUGCCAAGGCUCGCGUUGCACCAGUUAAGCCAGUAUCCCUGCCACGGCUUGAAUUAUGCGGCGCAGUUCUGUUAUCUAAGUUGUUGAAACAGAUCAGUGAAGCGACUCGUAUACCUGCUAGUCAAAUAUAUGCAUGGACGGAUUCCACUAUAGUCUUGUCUUGGUUGCGAGGAGAUCCGUCGCGUUGGCAAACUUUUGUAAGAAAUAGAGUGGUCACCAUUUUAGAUAAUAUCGGUAACAAAUGGUUUCAUGUACAAUCUUCGGAUAAUCCUGCAGACGUUGCUUCUAGGGGUAUGUUGUUACCAGAGUUAAAAAAUUUUGAGUUAUGGUGGCAAGGGCCAGAGUGGCUGAAAGAAAUAGAGAGAUAUAACAUAAAGUUAAAUAAAUCAAAUAAUUUUACAACUGAACUGGAAAAGAGAGAAAACAAAGUAAAUAUUCAUAUCCAAACUACAGAUGAAGGUGAACUGGAAAUGUGGACUAGACAUUUUAAAAAUUUUGAUACUGUAACUGAACUUUUAAAAGCAAUUACAAAUUGUAGAAGAUUUUUAAAUUUUAAAAAGGAAAAUAUAGAUAUCACUACAAAAAUUACCAAAUUAGAAUUGGAAAUCUCGUUACAAAAAUGUAUUCGUAUAAUACAAAGACAAACUUUUGAGGAAGAAAUUUUAGAUUUAAACCAGAAAAAAUAUGUUAAGAAGAGAAGCACUGUGAAGUCGUUGAAUCCAUUUAUAGAUUCCAAUCAUAUACUCCGAGUGGGCGGCAGAAUUAGACACUCAAACCUAGACAAUGAAAGGAAGCACCCAAUCAUUUUAGACAACAAGAAUCCUUUGACAACUUUGAUUGUUGCCGACGCUCAUAUACAAACUCUUCAUGGAGGAGUUCAACUGAUGCUCAACUAUAUUAGAUCGAGGUAUUGGAUUAUAAAGGUGAAAAGAUUAGUGAAAUCUUACCUCCGUAAAUGUUUGAUUUGUGCCAAACAGAGUGCAUUUUCAAGGCCACAGUUAAUGGGAGACUUACCAAAAGAACGCGUGACUCCUGCGCGACCAUUCUUACAUAGUGGAGUUGACUUCGCAGGUCCCUAUGAUAUUCUCAUGUCUAAGGGACGAGGAGCCAAAACUAAUAAAGGCUACAUCGCCUUAUUCAUAUGUAUGGCCACCAAAGCCAUACACUUAGAACUCGUUGGCGACUUAACAUCUGAAGCUUUUAUCGGAGCUUUUCGACGAUUUGUUUCACGAAGAGGCAAAUGCAGUGACAUAUGGAGUGACCAAGGACGCAAUUUUGUAGGAGCAAACAAAGAACUUAUAGAAAGCUGGAAACAGGCUACAUUAGAAUUUGAAACAUCAAUUGCAGAAACGUUACUGACAGAGGGCACACAAUGGCAUUUUAUCCCAGCAUAUAGUCCCAAUUUCGGGGGGGCUUGGGAAUCAGGGAUUAAGUCUCUGAAAUAUCACCUGAAACGUAUACUGACCGCAAAUAGAACAUUUGAAGAAAUGACCACCCUCUUAUGCCAAAUUGAGGCUUGCCUCAACUCUCGUCCGUUAUGCCCAAUUGACGACACUGAUAUAGAUAAUAUGGAGGUGUUAACACCAGGACAUUUUUUAAUUGGCGAAGCACCGGUUACAGUUCCUUCGCCGAGUCUGAAGGAUGUAUCCAUGAGUAACUUAUCACGAUGGCGUUUGACUCAAAAGUUACUGAAUGAUUUUUGGCAUAGUUGGCAACAGGAGUACUUAUCUAGGCUACAGCAACGCCCGAAGUGGUUAAAAAGAGUAAAGGAAUUUGAAAAGGGUCAGAUAGUGCUCAUAAAGACUGAUCAUUUACCUCCGGGAAAAUGGUCACUUGGACGCAUUGUUGAUAAACAUCCAGGGCCAGACGAUAUCACCAGAGUAUACAGUGUAAAAAGUGGAAAUAAUAUUGUGAAACGGUCAAUUAAUAAGUUGUGUUUAUUGCCUGUAGAAACUAAAGAUUGACAAUUAGGUAAUUUUGGAUAAAAAAAAAAAAAAAAAAAAUUGUAGAAAAUGUCAUAUUGUGCAUGUAAUGAUGAGACUUUUGUUACUUAAUAAUAUAUAUGUUUACUGUUCAAUCAGAUACAAGUCAGUUUAUGUAAUUUAAGGUAUUUCAUAUUGUUUCGUUAUAAAAAAAAGGGGAUGAUUGUUAAUGUUUUAAAAAAGAAUUAUAUAGGAUAUUAAAAGGUUUAGUGCCCUUUUAGUGGGCGGUAUGGUUAGUUUACAGUUAGAAGCUAAGUUCAUACUGUCUCGACACCUCGUUGUUUAUAUUAUAAAAUGUUCAAACCGUUUAAAGUUAGUUCCAAUA